AUGCGUAUUCAUGUUAUAAACACAACAAGCCAAGCAAGCAACGAGUUAUUAACAGAUGCAUGUGUCCAUAUCUUUGCAUUAUGCACUAAACUUGGAGAAUUAGAUGUGGGUGGGAUUGGUGUAAACUCAAAACUAUCGAUCUACAAUCGACCUUCAAAUACUUGUUCCUCUUCAACUUUGUCCAUUUUAUCCGUUAUUGCAGCAAGUUUUGAUGAUUGCUUAUGUUUACUAGAUGGUCGACUAGAUAAAUUAUUCUCAUUUUCUGUUAAAAUUGAUUUUAUUAGCGAAACGCCAUCGGCAGUUGACAAUACGAAAACAUUACCUAAUCUGAGUGUAUUUUCAAUAACCACCGGUGUUGCACGUGGAUAUGAUAAUCAAGUACUAUUACUUAUUCGUCGUAUGCCAAAUCUAAAAAAUCUUAUUCUCUGUCUUAAUGUAAUUCGAAUGAGAUUUAUUGAUGGGAUUCAUCUUGAGAAAGAAAUUCUGAGUCAUCUGUCACAAUUAACUACAUUCAUAUUUCAUAUUCGCACAAUUAUGCCACUCUUAUAUUCAUAUCAUCAUGCAUCAGUUGAUGAUGUUCAAAAUACGUUUAGUCAUUGGAAAUAUGGUCAAGUCAAUUGUCAUGUUGAUUAUUUUUCAGACAAAGCCGGUCAAUGUCAUAUUUAUUCAGUUCCAUUUAAAAUUGAAUAUAUUUAUGGUGUUACUAACAGCUUUUUCGGCAGUUCGUUUCAUCUUGUUAUGGACUUAAGGUUAUUUGAUGUACGUCCAUUUGAACAUGUUUAUUUUAAUUGGAUUGCUCGCGCUUUUCCAUUACUCAAAUAUUUAACUAUUGACAAUAUAAUACCACAAGAACAUAAAGCUGAAAUUGAACCAGUGAAUGUCAAUCAAAGUUCAAUCAUUUACUUUCCACGGUUGAUGACAAUUACUCUCACUAAUGCACAUAUUGAUUAUGUUCAUCAAUUUUUACGUAACAUAAACUCACAUGUUCCUUGUUUCUCAUCACUUGAAAUAAAUUACAAACAAUUGGUAAUCGCAACAAACAAUUUCACCAGUGAUUUAACACGAGUCAAUUGUGUUCAAUUGAAGAAACUAUUGAUUGGAGAAGAAAUUGUAUAUCCAAAACAAUUCUAUCUUUAUUUUCCUUUUCUAUAA